CUCAAACAAACAAAUAAACACCACCUUGCACAGUAGUUCCCAACUUGAGAAUCAGUGUUACUUGAUUCUUGCAACGUCCAGUAUUGCCUGUGUUGCGGCGUAUCAUCCUUCCCAAUCAAAGGGACGUUCUGCUCUUUUUCCUGUUCUUCUCGCUUCCAACCGUGUGACUCUUGAAAUUUAAUCCCUGAACGGAAUAGCAUGCCAAAGAACCGCUGCAAGAUCUGUAGAGGUGCUGUUUGUGGCUUCCCGUCACGGAAUAAGGAUUUCUUUUCACCAGGCUCUUCGACGUCGGGGAAUCGCGCACUCGGGUCUCCUCAGUCACAGGAGGUUGACCCUAUGUUUACCGUGUCCUACGAAAGGCAACAGGCCCAGGACCGGGAAACCAUCUGGUCAAUCCUCACUGGGGGGACUCCGCCCGUUUCCCAACAUCAAGGUGGAUCUCAGAGUCGUGGUUCAGCGCCAAUUGGGUCCCAGGCAUCUGACUCCACAAGGUAUGGAGGGAUGGCACUCCCGUAUGCCGCUGCCACGGAUGGAUAUCCAACUGGCCCGCGUAAUUCCAACGACCCCCAGCUCGUCCAAUCUCUGUUAUCGAGUCAGUUCCGGCCAUCAGUGGUCGGAGACAUAACCCCAUGGUGCCAUAGGCACACAUCUCCCCAGGGGGCAAGCGCCGGCACGUCAGGGCUAGGCCAUCAAUCACUGAACAGGAGCGCUUUCUUCUCUGACCAGCGAUACCUGUGCUAAGCCGCUACACAUAUGCCGCUGUCCCUCCAGUUUGUAGUAUCCUUGAGGAUGCGUCGCUCACGGGUCCCAUCCGGCGAGCUUAUCAUUGUAACUUGUGUUCCAUGCUUGUAUGCACCGAAAACUUACCCGCCUGUCCAAUACCAUUUUU